AUGCCCGACGACGACCUUGACGAUGUCGCCCGGUGUAGAGCUGUGAUCGCGACGGCGUCCCACGCCGAGAAGCACCAUGACCCGACGCAGAACGCUAUCAACACGGCCCCUGGCCGCACUCUUCUUCCCGGGCCUGUGGCUAGCGUAGUCAGCCUCGCGAGCCGGUCGACGUCCUUUGCCCUCCGGGUCGGCACCUUCAUCGGCGGCUACGGCUUCGGUGCUGCCAAGUUCACCACCCUCUCGAGCCUGGAGCUGGGCCGCGGCAUUCUGGAAGGCAUCCUCAACCGCGCCGGCAAAGAUGUCCUCCUGCGGUCGCGCUCCGAGCUGGGCAGAGACAGCGCCGAAACCGUCCUGGAGAGAAGUUUGGAGAGCCUCCACCAGACCAUGAUGCAGGUCGUCUUCUGGACCACGGCCAGUUUUCACGUCACCGAAACCACUGUGUCCUCCAUAUCCCAGAUAUCGCAGCUGUUCCUGUCGGUUCUCGACCAGUUCUUUGGCUCGACGGAUUCCUCGAGAGCUAUAGCUAGUAUCAUCACCCUGAUACGCCGGGAAUUUCAGAAUCCCGCCACCGGUGUGCAGGGCGAGAAGGUUGGCGUAGCCGACCUAGUGCUCGGCUUGUGCGGGCUCGCCUAUCUGCAGAAUUGGUGUCGCAGGACCAUACAAGAGGAGGCUUACCGCCUUGGCCAUGAAGAGGUUAUAUGGGAUAUCGUCGUGCUCAACGACGGAACCCGUGCAGAUGUCCAUGAAGAUAGCCUUUACGGUAUACAUAGGGGCGACUACGGUCCGAAUCAGAUAGCCAACGACGACGGCAUAGCCGAAGACAUCGAGCGACGUGGAUACCACGAGAGCAGCUCGGAAGACGAGCUGCCAGAAAUCCAUCUCAGGAGGCAGAUCAUGAGUUCACUCCCAAAAGACGCCAGUGUUUCCAUCACAACGUCGACCACGACAACCAAAACCAUCACUGUCGAGGUCAAGGGAGCCCGCGGUGUCCCGCUUCCCGCCCCUCCAGGCGCCGAAAUAAUAGAGAGCGAGAUCAUGACCCCUGGCCAUCAUUCAACCGGGCCCAUAGACGAGGAGCCGAUGUAUCGCGUCGUAUACAAGAUCAACCGUAAUCGCCAAAGAAAUACGGCAUUUUCGAAUGCUGAGGAUGAGGACCGACAAUCGCGCAUUGAAAUGGUUGAUGACGAUGACGACGUACUUGUAGGGGAGAGUCCGACAGAACGAGGCCCUCCGGUGCCCCCGAAGCCUCGCAAUAUCACUCCAAAUCGGGCCAGGACGGCUUCAGGCGAAAGUGUAGAUAAGCAGACAUCGUCCGCGGGCUUCUCUAUCAAUAGCAGCAGUCCAGGGUCCCCAAGAGACCGGUCGUCGCAUAUCCCAGUGCUCAGGAGGCCAUCUGAGAAUGCGGCUAACCAGAAAAAAGUUCGACAGCCAUUGGUCGCAUCUCCGCAGUUAGAGAGCAGUCACGCGACUAUGAAGUCCGAUUCCAAGUCUAUGCCCAUGAUGCGUGACAGACCUGGUGCAUCCCGGACAGAUUCGUCCGAGAAGAGAAUCGGGAUUCGAAAUGUUCUCAAAAAGGGGUCCGUCACAGGCUUGGCUAACCUGCUGGGUAAAGACUCAAGCAGUGAGGAUAUUCCGAGCAAAUCGAAAGCAGCGAUCAGACCCCCAUGGGGCAGUAACAAAUCUCAGCAAGGGAAAAUGUCAGCUGGACCGAGCCGGCUUUCGGUACCAAACCGCACUUCGAGUGUUGUUCCUGCACGUGAAGCGCCUCGAGCACCUCAAAGAGGCAACCCCAACUUCUUCUCGUCGAGAGAUUUGGCUGUCCUGGAGCCAGAGUAUGGCCAUCAGAAUAGUCCGUCGCGGUCAAGCCAUACUGCCUCACACCAUCACCGUCGCAGCUCGAUAAUCUCUCAAACUGAUACCCUGUCCAUUCAUUCCAUCGAAAGCAGGCCCAACUCCCCGACCCUCUACAGAUCAAGUCACAUAUCCAAGUCAAGAUCGGGCAACGACCUGGACAAUUUGUUACCCCCUUCGCCACCAAAGCAACACGCCAGAACCAAGUCACAGCUUGGACUUUACUCACCGAGUAUUUAUACGCUGAGGACGACAGGCUCCCAGACAUCAUUGGUAUUGUCAACCAUGCCCCAGAAGAGUGCGUACAGCGACUCUGAAGCCGUCGACACCCUCAGGAGAACCGGUAUGGUAGAUGGGAUGUUUCCCAGCUUCCAUCUGCUCCGGAAUAUUACCCGAUACAGCCGUUACGCUUCAGCUGCUUACGGAUCACAUUUCCUCAAAUUCAUGGGCAUCGCGAAAGAACUGCCCGUGCUCAAGGCGCUAGACGAUACACACCAAGAUGUACGCUCGUUUGCUCGCCAUACCGAACUACCUCCGGACAGCAUUCUACUGUCCUCCUUUGUUGAUCCACAGGGAGGUUCCGAUUCUACCGGUGCAACCAACACUGGAGUUCCCCUUGUCCACACCAUUGCCGUGGAUCAAGAAUCCAAGGCGGUAGUCUUGUCAUGUCGUGGAACUCUAGGCUUUGAAGAUGUUCUCGCAGACAUGAUGUGUGACUACGAUGAUCUCGUGUGGCGCGGGAAGAACUACCUGGUCCACAAAGGUAUCCAUGCUUCUGCGCGCAGAUUACUAUAUGGCGGUGAUGGCCGAGUACUCUAUACCCUGAAAGAGGCAUUGGAAGAGUUCGAGGAUUACGGCAUUGUCCUUUGUGGUCAUUCCCUGGGGGGUGCUGUAGCCGCCUUACUAGGAGCCAUGUUGGCCGAGCCGGCUACUACAGGAACUGCCUUCGUCACCUCGGCUCAGCAGCACAGAAGAUUCAUCACUGACGGGCACACCUCCUCCGACGCUGCAGAACCCAUUUUCUUGCCCGCGGGUAGGCCGAUACAUGUGUAUGCUUACGGACCACCUGCGACCAUGUCGCCUUCACUACAAAAAGCCACUAGGGGCUUGAUCACCAGCGUAGUACAUGGUAACGACUUGGUCCCGCAUCUGUCCUUGGGCGUAUUGCACGACUUCCAAGCGGUUGCCCUGGCCUUCAAGACCGACAACAGCGAGGCCAAAGCCGAGGUCCGGCGCCGGAUCUGGGAGGGUCUCCAAACGGGCCUCGCCGACAAAUGGUACAAUAACUCACCGAAGCUCUCAGCAGAGGACGAGGACCAGUGGGCAUAUGCAGCUCUGAAGACACUCCGCGCUAGUAUGAUGAGUGCCAAGCUCAUGCCCCCCGGCGAGGUCUUCGCCGUCGAGAGCACGCCUGCCCUACGCAGGGAUGCUUUCGUUCGGACUGGCGAGGCGCACAUUGGCCGCCCGGCCACUCGCAUCGUUCUGAAGUACAUCCGAGAUGUCGAGACUCGCUUCCGGGAGGUCCGCUUCGGUUCGAGUAUGUUGACGGAUCAUAGCCCCGGGCGCUAUGAGGAUGCUUUGAGGCGUUUGACACUGGGUGUCGUAUAG